AUGGCUACCUCAAUGUUUGUCAAGGUUACAUGCUUGACUGUGAUAUGCUUGGUUCUGGGCAUAUCCAUGACCAAUGCUGCGCUUUCAUGUCCUCAGGUGCAACUCACUGUAGUACCAUGCCUUGGGUACCUUAGGAACCCUGGUCCAUCUGUCCCUGCACCAUGUUGCAAUGGGCUUAGGGGUUUAAAUAACCAAGCUAAAACUACUCCUGAGCGUCAAAGUGUUUGUAGGUGUCUGAAGACCACUGCACAAAGCUUGUCUGGUCUAAAUGUUCCUGCUCUUGCUACUCUUCCUAAAAAGUGUGGUGUCAAUUUGCCCUAUAAAAUUAGCACCGCCAUUGACUGCAACACCCCAACCCUUGGAACAUACUACAGCUCCAGGUGGCGAAGAGCCGACAUCGAGGUGUCAAACCUUCCCGUCGAUGUGAGCUCUUGGGGAAGAUCAGCCUGUUAUCCCUAG